UGUAUAUUAUUGUAAUCAGUGAUAGUUCCAUCUAACUAUAAACAUUGUUUUUUUUAUAUUCUUACUCUUAUACUUAUUACUCGAGGUGAUAAAAAUAUGGACACAAUUUUCAAUUUAGCUACGAUCAUAACUACCAUCUGGCUUGUUGGGUACUUGUACUGUAAAUGGUGCAAGACGUAUUGGCAGAGAAAAGGACUGCCAGUCUUAGAACCAGAGCCUGAAACGUGGCCAAAAGAAGAAGUGGCUCGAGCUGAUCUGGUUAUUCGAACAUAUAGGAGGAUUAAAGAAAAUGGACUAAGGCACGCUGGAGGCUAUAGGUUCAUCUGGCCAACAUAUUUUCCUGUUGACAAUGAAAUUAUAAAGUGCAUCUUUCAAAAGGACUUUGAACACUUCAUGAACCAUGGAACAUACCUCAAUGAGGAAGGUGAUCCUUUCUCAGGACAUCUUUUCAACUUGGAGGGUAGUAAGUGGAGGAACCUGCGUGCUAAGCUGUCACCUACUUUUACAUCUGGAAAAAUGAAAAUGAUGUUCCCAAUAUUUGUGGAAUGUAGCGAUGGCUUAGAGCACUUACUCGAUCAAUGCAUAAAAAAUAACGAAGCCGUGGACAUCAAGGAUGUGGCGGCACGUUACACCACUGACAUCAUAGGAUCUGCUGCGUUUGGAAUUAAAUGUAACAGUCUCAUAGAUCCAGAAGCAGAGUUCAGAAAGGUUGGACAAAAAGUUUUUGCUUACGAUCGUCUUACAAUGUUCAAAUAUACUUUAAUAGCUUUGUUCCCCAAAAGUAUCUUGGUAGCAUUAGGAGUGCGCAUAACUACAAAGGAGCUGGAGAAUUUUCUAAAGAACGUUAUAAGGGAGAAUAUUGAAUAUAGGGAGAAAAAUAAAAUAGUAAGAAAUGACUUCUUGCAUUUGUUGCUCCAGUUAAAAAAUAAAGGAAAAAUCACUGAUGAUGAUUCGUUCACCCCUGAUGGUCAGAAAGUCGACGGUGGUACUUACAUGACGUUCGACGAGGUUGCUGCCCAGUGUUACUUAUUUUUCAUAGCAGGUUUUGAAACAUCUUCGACGACUAUGACGUUUGCGAUAUAUGAGUUGGCAGUGAAUCAAGACAUUCAGGAUAAAGUUAGAAAAGAAGUAAAUGAAGUUCUAAAAAAAUAUGAUAAUAAAUUCACAUAUGAAGCUAUGAAUGAAAUGACCUACUUAGAUAAAGUCUUUAAUGAAACUCUUAGAAAAUAUCCUCCAGUAUCUGCAAUUCCACGGGUGUGUACUAAAGAUUAUACUAUACCUGGAACAGAUAUAACUAUAGAAGCUGGAACCCAUUUCUCUAUUCCCAUAAUGGGGAUUCACUAUGAUCCAGAAUAUUACCCUAAUCCAGAAGUGUUCGAUCCCGAACGGUUUAACGAAGAAAAUAAAGCUAAGAGGCCGCCUUACACGCAUGUUCCAUUUGGAGACGGACCAAGAAUCUGCAUAGGAUCAAGAUUUGGACGGAUGCAAUCUCUAGUAGGACUGGCCAAGAUCGUCAAGAAUUUCAAGGUCACCCUGAAUGAAAAAGCAAUAUAUCCACUAAAAUUUGACACUAAAUCUCUCAUCCUCUCCCCUAAGGGGAACAUGUGGGUGAAUGUCACUACGGUUUAAUAGUUUCCUUAUACAUAUUUAACAAUUUAACAAAUAUAAAAUAUAACAAUCAUACAAUA